CGUCCCGACUGCCCUCAUGGUCGGCGCCUCCAGCACAGCGGUCGGAGGCGUUCUAGAACAGCUUAUCGAAGGGAUUUGGCAACCACUGGCGUUCUUCAGCAGGCACCUUCGACCACCGGAGCUCAAAUAUAGAGCCUUCGACUGCGAGCUGUUGCCGUUGUACCUGGCCAUCAGACACUUCUGAUACUUCUUGGAGGGCAGGCCAUUUACAGCUUUCACCGACCACAAGCCGUUGACCUUCGCCUUCAACAAGGUCUCAUAUCCCUGGUCAGCACGGCAGCAGCGGUACUUGUCGUACAUCUCAGAGUUCACCACUGACGUCCGCCAUCUGUCUGGGAAAGAGAAUGUGGUCGCGGAUGCACUGUCACGGCCCACCAUCCAAGUUUUGUCUCGGGGGUGGAUUUCGGCACCUUGGCGGAGGCACAGCGAACGGACAUAGAGAUGCCCAGCUAUCGCACCGCAGUCUCGGGCCUGCAACUACAAGACCUACUGGUAGGCCCCGGACUGAUCAUCUGCAAAGAAUCUGUCUCCUUUCCAUUUUACAAGUCGUCAUGCAAUCAGAAAUUAAUCUGACAGUCAGUGAUGAGAUACAUCAUAUUGAUGACAAUGCACAAUGGACUCUUGACUACCCAUCAAGUUUUCAGGCAUCCCUUACUGGAUUUUUGAUACUGGAAAUUGUGUUGGGACUCAGCAGCAACUUGACAGUACUGGGACUUUACUGUAUGAAGUCAAACCUGAUUAAUUCAGUCAGUAAUAUUAUCACCAUGAACUUGCAUAUACUAGAUGCUGUCAUAUGUGUUGGAUGCAUUCCCCUUACAGUAAUUGUCACUCUUCUUUCACUGGAGAAAAAAACUUUGAUUUGUAAUUUUCAUGAAGCCUGCAUUUCUUUUACUAGUGUAGCAACAGCAGCAAAUGUCCUUGCAAUCACUUUGGAUCGUUAUGAUAUUUCAGUUAAGCCAGCAAAUCGGAUUUUGACGAUGGGAAGAGCAAUAACAUUAUUAACAUCAGUGUGGAUUGCAUCCUUUUCCGCAUUUACAAUCCCUUUCAUUGAAGUUAAUUUCUUUAGCCCACAAGGCAAUGAAAGCAUCUGGCAAAAUAAAACAAUCUUAUGUUUUGGUGUAGAUGAAUAUCACAACAAACUGGGAAUAUAUUACCAUCUCUUAAUUCAGAUCCCCAUUUUUUCCUUCACUGCUAUUGUAAUGUUGAUAACCUACAGCAAAAUACUUCAAGCCUUGAACAUCAAAAUAGGUUCCCGAUUUUCAACCAGGCAGAAGAAAAGAAGAAGAAAAAAGACCAUUCCACUAACUAUACAACAUGAAAAUACUGAUCAAUCAGAAAAUAGAAGACAUAACAUAAAACUAGGAGUGAGAACUUCAGUUUCUGUAAUAAUUGCUCUAAGGAGAGUUGUCAAGCAGCAUCGAGAAAGGCGGGAAAGACAAAAAAGGGUUUUUCGAAUGUCUCUUUUAAUUAUUUCAACAUUUCUCAUUUGUUGGACACCAUUAUCAAUUUUAAAUACUGUUAUAAUAUGUAAAGGUUUAAGUGAGGGCAUGGUAAAAUUAAGACUGUGUUUUCUAAUUCUUGCAUAUGGCACAACUACAUUCCAUCCUUUACUAUAUGCAUUUGCACGACAGAAAUUCCAAAAGGUCCUCAGGAGUAAAAUGAAGAAGAGAAUGGUCUCAGUUGUUGAGGCUGAUCCAUCCCCUAAAAAUACAGCAAUUCACAACUCCUAGCUAGAUCCCAAAAAGAACAAAAAAUAAAUUUCCAAUAAAUUAAUUUUCAA